UUACCGAGGGACAUGGUGAAAUGAAUUUACCGAAGGUCAAAAGAGCAUUACCGAGGGGUUUGGGGCCUUCGGUAAGAGGCUCGACCCCUUAAACUGAGUAAUUGGGCGUAUUGGCAUAGGUCGUUCCUAAUUUCGUAAGACAACACCCUAUUCCCUCUCUGUUCUCGCGCCCAAUUUUGUAAAAGGUAAACUCUGCGUUGUGCUCCCUCAUCCCCUCCCUAUCCGUUCUUGUCCCCAAUUUGUGCUUCCCAUUGUCGUCGCCCAAGUUUGUCUUCCUCUCCCUCUCCCUUUCCCGUAUGUCCGGUUAGAUUGUGUGGGUAGGGUUCAGUGGUGUUCCAGCAGUGCAUUGGCAUUGCCGUUAAGAGGGUGGUCCGUUAACAUUACGAGGUCUGCGAAGGCGUAGAGAGGAGGGUGCUCCCGUGACGUGAGGGCGGCUGUCGUUGUCAAGGGAGGCUAUUGGGAGACGCAUUGAGAAGUUGCUGGUGCUGAAGUAGUGGAGUGUGCUUGUGUGAUUGGUCUCUCUAAUCUCAAGGUGAGUUUUUAAAGCAAUUUGGGCCAGAAGGGGAGGAAGGGAGUCUACAAAGAAGACUUGAGCAGGAAAGGAUAACAAAGGCGAAGAACAUGGCCCAUUAUCCCAACCAUCGUGGAUGGAUGUAUGACCGUUGUUAUAGUGGAAGGAGAGGUUUGAAAGAAUCCUUUGUCAUCGGAGUUGAAGAGUUCGUGGAGACGGCACGACGAUAUCAAUAUUAUGCCCUUGAUGGAGGGAUUCGAUGUCCAUGCAUCAAGUGCGAAUGUACAAGCAUUCUGAAAGAUGAAGUUGUCAAAGUUCACCUUUACCAAAAAGGGUUCAUGCCUAAUUACACGGUCUGGACAUUUCAUGGUGAAGAAAUUCCUUCGACCUCCACUGCAGCUGAAAAACGGCUUGCAUCAGUAAUGACAGGACAAGGUACAGAGCGUCCUGAUAAAGGAAAAGGGGUAGCAAGGCCUACAAAGAGGAAACGGCAGGCACCAAAGUAUGUACUUAGGGUGCCUGCUAGACUACCUACCCCUGCUCCCGGUAGUUCAUCAUCUGUGGGGCCUCCUCCUACCCCUAGUAUACAGACUCCUACACCAGCAGUAGACCCUACUCCUCCUCCUCGUGCAGUACACCCUUCUACUACCACUGCAGUAGACCCUUCUCCUCCUCCUGCAGCACACCCUUCUACAACCCCUGCAGCAGACCCUCUUCCUCCUCCUCUUAUUGCCACCCCCACUCCUCCCCCUAUUGUUAUUACCCCCACUCCUCUCCCUGACCCUACUUCUAUACCUUCCUCAUCUUCUGUACCUCCUUCUGAGACUGUCACACCACUUGGUGAUCCAGAUUCAAGUGGUGAUGCUGAAGAUCUUGACCCGCCCCUCCAUGAUCGACCAUGGAUUGAGCCCUAUGGUAAAGGGUUUAUUCCAUCUAGGGUUGCUUCCCAGGCCAUCACACGUUCAAUAAAGCAACAGUUUUUAACUCCAUGGCCUACUUGGGGAGCAAUACCUCAUGACGACAGAAAGCCAUUCUGGCAGCGCUUUCAGAUGAAGGUGCAGUGGAAACCUGAACAUGAAACUCAGAUACACAGAAAUUUCCACAUGAAAGCAUCUCAUCGGCUGUCAGAGAUGUUUAGGGAUGCCCGGAUUGCAGGACAACGCCCUAACUGGCUGGGUGAGCACAUUUGGAACUCUUUACUGGCCCAUUGGAAUACAGUAGAGUUCCGCAAUAAGUGUGCCAAAGCCCAGCGGAACAGAGCGUCUGAAAGGGGUGGCACCCUGCAUACUGGUGGGUCGAUCACCAUUCAUGAGCAUGCCAUUCGUAUGGCACAGGCUCUAGGACGGGCGGUCCAUGUUGAUGAGGUCUUUGCACAGACUCAUGUUCGGAAGGGAACUGAUCAAUUUGUUGAUGAAAGAUCUCGGAAGACUCAUGAAGACUUUUCUACGAGACUUUCACAGGUUAGAUCUGAACAUGAGUCAGCUCCUACACCGGAUGAUGCCAGUAAUGCAGAUGAUGACAUCCGUAGGACGCAGUGCUGGAUCGACACCGUUGGUGGGAAGAAAAAGGGACGAGUCUAUGGUGCGGGACAGCUUGCUGCAAACUAUACAGCAUCCAGAGGAGGUACUCUGAAGCACCAGCCUUCUUCUUCCACCAGUACUCCUGACGAGGUUCUUCAACUCAGGCGGGAACUCCAUGAACGUGACCAGGAGCUCACUGAUCUCAGAGCAGAGUUUACAAAUUUGAAGGCCCUGGUCAUGACUGUCUUGCCUCAAACCUCACAGGACGUACAAAAUAUCCCUCCCACCCAAUCACGACCUUCCUCAUCACCUGCUGCCACUCAGCAGCCCACUUCAGUCCAACCCUCAUCAGUCCAACCCACACCAGUCCAGCCAUCAAUAGAGGAGCAGGAUGAUGAAAAUCAUUCUGAUGAUAGUUAUGUACAUUAUUAGGUUUCAUUUUCUUAUUACUUGUUAGACAAACAUUUGGAUAUUAGAACAUUUUGAGUUGAUAUCAUUUCAAUGUUAGAUGUACUUACAGACUUUGGAUGUUACAACAUCCUUGUGUUACAUUGUUUUAUGUUUGAACUAUAAAUACAUUAAUGGAUGUCCUGU